AUGAACAAGGCGUUAUUCAUGCGUAUUGUUGAUCGCCUCUUCAAUGAAGUUCGAUUCUUUCGUCAAAAGCAAGACGUUAUCGGAAGACUUGGUCUAUCUGCACUUCAAAAGUGUACAGCAGCUAUUCGUGUGUUGGCAUAUGGUUCUGCGCUUGAUGCGGUCGACGAAUACCUCCGGCUCGGUGCAACCACUGCUCGCUUAUGUGUAGAAAACUUUGUGGACGCAAUAAUAAAUUUGUUCGGUGUUGAGUACCUAAGGAGACCAACCCCGGCUGAUCUUCAGCGUCUGCUUCAUAUUGGAGAGGUUCGUGGAUUUCCCGGGAUGAUAGGAAGCAUCGAUUUGCAUUUCUCGGUCAACGGAAGAGAGUACCAUUUGGCUUACUAUCUCACCGAUGGUAUUUAUGAAAAAUGGGCAACUUUUAUCCAAUCUAUUUCAAUUCCACAAGGGCCGAAAGCAGUUUUAUUUGCGCAAAAUCAAGAAGCUGUCCGAAAAGAUGUUGAGCGGGCUUUCGGAGUUUUGCAAGCUCGAUUUGCCAUUGUUAAAAAUCCGGCACUUUGUUGGGAUAAAGUUAAGAUUGGAAAGAUUAUGAGAGCGUGCAUCAUACUCCAUAAUAUGAUAGUAGAAAAUGAACGAGAUACCUUCUCUCAUUUUGAUGUCUCGGGUUAUCAACAAGGAGAAGGGAACGGAAGUUCACAUGUUGAUAUGACCUAUUCUACAGAUAUCCCUACUAAUAUCGCCAACCAGAUGGGUGUUCGAACGAGAAUUCGUGAUAGACAAGCGCAUGAACAACUAAAAGGUGAUUUGGUUGAACAUAUAUGGCGUAAAUUCGGAAGUGAUCAAGACAACAACUGA